CCACAAGAGCCAGCUCUCCGGAGCCCGUAACCUUCCCAUCCCAGGAGCUGCAGUUUCCGCCGCUGCAGCGAGAACCGCAGAGCCGGGGCGCGCAGCGGCGGCGGCGGCGGCGGCGGCGACAGGAGCAGCCUGGGCGGGUCGCGGGGUCUCCCCGGGCACAGCAAGGAGAGCAAAGAUAUCCUCUGAGAGCCAAGCAAAGAGCAUUAAGGAAGAAAGGAGGAAUGCGGCUGAAUACGGUGCAGUGAAGAGAAGACGCUUCAAGGAGAGAAGUCCCCACUGCCCAGAGCCCGGACCGUGUCAUCAGAAUGAGAACUUACCGAUACUUCUUGCUACUCUUUUGGGUUGCUCAGCCCGACCCAACUUUCUCAACUCCGUUAUCUAAGAGGACUAGUGGUUUCCCGGCAAAGAAAAGGGCCCUGGAACUCUCUGGAAACAGCAAAAAUGAGCUGAACCGUUCGAAAAGGAGCUGGAUGUGGAAUCAGUUCUUUCUCCUGGAGGAAUACACGGGACCCGGUUAUCAGUAUGUGGGCAAGUUACAUUCAGACAUGGAUAGAGGAGAUGGAUCACUUAAAUAUAUCCUUUCAGGAGAUGGGGCAGGAGAUCUCUUCAUUAUCAAUGAAAACACAGGGGAUAUACAGGCCACCAGGCGGCUGGACAGGGAAAAAAAACCUGUUUACUCCCUGCGAGCGCAAGCUGUAAACCGAAGGACAGGGAUACCCGUGGAACCCGAGUCUGAAUUCAUCAUCAAGAUCCACGACAUCAACGACAACGAGCCGAUAUUCACCAAGGAGGUGUACACGGCCACGGUUCCCGAAAUGUCCGAUGUCGGCACAUUUGUUGUCCAAGUCAAUGCAACCGACGCUGACGAUCCGACGUACGGGAACAGCGCUAAGGUCGUCUACAGCAUCCUGCAGGGGCAGCCCUACUUUUCGGUUGAAUCAGAAACAGGUAUCAUCAAGACAGCAUUGAUCAACAUGGACCGAGAAAACAGGGAGCAGUACCAAGUGGUGAUCCAAGCCAAGGACAUGGGCGGCCAGAUGGGAGGGCUGUCAGGGACCACCACCGUGAACAUCACGCUGACGGACGUCAACGACAACCCGCCGCGCUUCCCCCAGAGUACCUACCAGUUUACAACCCCUGAAUCUUCUCCCCCGGGCACGCCAGUUGGCAGCAUCAAAGCCAGCGAUGCCGACGUGGGAGAAAAUGCCGCGAUUGAGUACAGCAUCACAGAAGGAGAGGGGCUGGACAUGUUUGACGUCAUCACUGACCAGGAAACCCAGGAAGGGAUUAUAACUGUCAAAAAGCUCUUGGACUUUGAAAAGAAGAAAGUGUAUACCCUCAAAGUGGAAGCCUCCAACCCUCAUGUUGAACAACGCUUUCUCCCCCUGGGGCCAUUCAAGGACUCAGCCACAGUGAAGAUUGUGGUGGAAGAUGUAGAUGAGCCCCCCGUCUUCAGCAAACUGGCCUACGUCCUACAGAUAAGAGAAGAUGCUCAGAUAAACACAACAAUAGGCUCGGUCACAGCCCAAGACCCGGAUGCUGCCAGGAAUCCUAUCAAGUAUUCUGUCGAUCGACAUACAGACUUGGACAGGAUAUUCAACAUUAAUUCCGGAAAUGGCUCCAUCUUUACAUCGAAGCUCCUUGACCGAGAAGCGCUGCUGUGGCACAACAUCACCGUGAUCGCGACAGAAAUCAAUAACCCGAAGCAGAGCAGCCGAGUUCCUCUGUACAUCAAGGUUCUGGACGUCAAUGACAACGCCCCAGAGUUUGCAGAAUUCUAUGAAACCUUCGUCUGCGAGAAAGCAAAAGCAGAUCAGUUGAUUCAGACCCUCCGAGCUGUUGACAAGGACGACCCUUACAGUGGGCACCAGUUCUCCUUCUCCUUGGCCCCAGAAGCAGCCAGCAGCUCAAACUUUACCAUUCGGGACAACAAAGACAACACAGCAGGAAUCUUAACUCGGAAAAACGGCUACAGUAGACACGAGAUGAGCACCUAUCUCCUGCCUGUGGUCAUUUCAGACAACGACUACCCAGUCCAAAGCAGCACUGGGACAGUGACUGUCCGGGUCUGUGCAUGUGACCACCACGGGAACAUGCAGUCCUGCCAUGCGGAGGCCCUCGUCCACCCCACGGGACUGAGCACGGGGGCUCUGAUUGCCAUCCUUCUGUGCAUCGUGACCCUACUAGUGACGGUGGUGUUGUUUGCAGCUCUGCGGCGGCAGCGGAAGAAAGAGCCUUUGAUCAUUUCCAAAGAGGACAUCAGAGACAAUAUUGUCAGUUACAACGACGAGGGCGGUGGCGAGGAGGACACCCAGGCCUUUGAUAUCGGCACCCUGAGGAAUCCCGAAGCCAUAGAGGACAGCAAGUUGCGCAGGGACAUUGUGCCCGAAGCCCUUUUCCUCCCCCGACGGACUCCAGCAGCUCGAGACAACACGGACGUCCGAGACUUCAUUAACCAAAGGUUGAAGGAGAACGACGCGGACCCCACGGCCCCGCCCUACGACUCCUUGGCCACCUACGCCUACGAGGGCACCGGCUCGGUGGCCGACUCCCUGAGCUCGCUGGAGUCGGUGACCACGGAGGGAGACCAGGACUACGAUUACCUUAGUGACUGGGGGCCUCGGUUCAAGAAGCUCGCCGAUAUGUACGGAGGGGCGGACAGUGACAAGGACUCCUAAUACGUUGCCUUUCUCCUUUUACAAGACGGCACUGAACUGUGUGAAGUGGCUGUUGCUUUCUAUUUAUCCACUGCUCCGUGAAGGGUUGGUUCUCUGUUCUGCCCGUCCCGCAAAGCCAGUGGCUGCAGUCGUGUGGAUCCAAUGUUAGAGACUGUUUUCUAGUACACUUUUUUGAGCUCCCAAGAGGCACAUGUUUAUUUUUUAGUGCAUCCAGUUAGCCAUGUCAGCCCACAGGCACGUGCUGGAGGCGAGGACGGAGAGCAGGGAGAGGUUCCCUAGCUCUCGUGGGGCCGGUGUGUGGGACCCGCUGGGUUCCCCUGGCCUGGCUUUUUCCACUGCACUCCAUCAGGUGGCCGACCGCUCCGACUCGACCUCCCUCUCACCUGCUGAUGGGAGGAGGGAUUGUUCUCGAAUGAUAAAAUACAGUUUUAGUCAAAGGAAGGAGGGAGGAACGACCGCGAAGUUGUUCCUGGUGUAUCAGCUAUAUGGGUGUGUACUUCUGUCACAAAGAUUUUUAAAUGACAUUUGCCCAUCCUGUUUGUUCUUCAAGAACUUUUUCUGGCACCAAUGACUAUUCAAAGCAUGAAGUCCACCAAUGUUUUAAGAUUCUAGUUCCUCUGUAGGGACAGAAGCAAACUAAACAGCAACAUUCAAAAACAACAACCAAAAAAAGUAAUAAUUAUAAGACCUCAUUCCUUCCCACUCACUCAUAAUUUUUUAUUUAUGACACAUACAAAAGUUCGCCCUUAUACCAUAUAAAGGAAAAGGGAAAAUAGCUAAUAAUGUUAACAAAGGAAAUACUUAGCAUAUUUUAAAGUCUGGGCCACCAAAUGUACCACAAAUCACUUGAAAUGAUUUCAACUAUCAGUAGGUUAAUUACAAAUAAGUCUAACUGUUUAAAAGUUCUUGAAAGAACUUUUCUGAGAUAAAUUUUAACUCCUUGUCUGUAGUUGUUGUCAGUAUUAUUCUAAUAUAUACUUGAAAGUAGCAGUGUGAAGUACAAUAAUUCAUAUUCUUCAGAUACUUCUUACUAAAUUAAGUUGCAUUAGUAAAGGCAGAUGAAAUAAAACCUCAAUCCCGCUCUCGGAGUUUAAUGGGGUGGUAAGAGCCAGCCACACUUGAACCUGACACCCUGUCCUUCACAUACAGAAACAUUUAUAUAUUUAUAUAACGUGAUAGGCAUGGAUGGACAUUGAAACCACAGUGAAAAUCUACAUAUGACAUGCUUGAAAGACGCUUACAAAGGGAAAACUUGGAUUCCCUACACCAAGAGUGUUUAAGAUUGGCAUUUAAAUGCUAGUUGACUUUCAAAAGCAUUAAUAUGUUUUCAUUGUUUUUCACUUUGUUUCCAUAGCAACCCUGCUAUCUCUGUCUUUGAACUAAUGAUAAAGUAAUGGUCUCAAACUAUGACAGAAAAGUAAUGUACAAUCCACCCAAUCUAUUAUUUCCCUAAUUAUGCAAUUAGCAUCAGAGUUAUUAUCCGGAAGACCCAACUGAACUGCACUAUUCCUUUGGCAGGUUCAAAUCAUUGAUUUCAUACGGCUGUUCGAAUGCUUUUUACCAUCAGAAUCUUCACGUGCAGUCAUCAGAAAUUUCCCAAGUACUGUAAUGAAAAUAUAAUUAUUUUGAAAACUUUAAAAAAGUAGGCUCUGUAUAUAUGUACUUAAGAAUAUGCUGACUUCAAUUAUUAGUCUUAGAGAUUUAUUUUCAAUUAAUGUUAAUUUUCUACAGAUAAUCUUAGUGUCAUAUCCAUUUGGGGACAAUGUCCUAUCAGCACAUAAUUUCUAUUUGGAAACACACUGUCAUCUCGUUAGGUUUUAAAUAAGCAUAUUACCCAAGAACUGAACAGGGCACCUUUAAAAUAAGAGAAAUGUAGUGUUUCAGAUUACCCAUUGAGAGUGGAAAACUUUACAACCACAUUAUUCCUUGUGUUUCCUGAAUGUUUUCCUAUUUUGUAAAGUACUUCCUAGAUACUAUCAAGUAUUUCAUGCUUGGGUUAUUUCCUGCUCUUAUGGUUUUCUUUGCUAGUUCUUCACACACAAACCAUGCACACACACACACACACACACACACACAGGAGUGCAAACAAAAUACUACAGGAGGGCUUUACUGUAAUGAAUCAAUACAUGUCGUAGUCACAGGUAAGUACUGAAAAAAGAUAGCUUAGUAAAGUUAAUGAAUAAGAAGUAGUUCUUUAUAGCAAUAGAAGAGCACCUUAAUCACAUGACUUACUGUAAAAUUGAAGAGUUCUCCAUCCUUAUGUUUCAUGUCAUAUAACAAAUUGAAUCAAGAAAGUCCUUUCAAAAAAGGCUAUCAUCAGAAAUCUUUCUUUUGAACUUUUUGGCACUAAUUGGAAUGGCUGAGGGUUGACACUAGCAACUUCCAAUAGUUAAGGGUAAGGGUUACUCUCUCCUCGUAGUGCAACUAAGUAGUGCUGUAGUGGGAUAUCUGAGAUGUAAUUGGCAGGAUAUUUUGUCCCGUCCUGAAAAUGAUGCAAUGUACCAAGCCCAGGUUAAUACGACUAAAUAUUGAAAUAACUGUUUAAUCUCUUACCACAAAACCUGAUGAUGACGUCAAGCUCUAAGGCACUGGAUCAUUUGAGACUGGAGCUGAUUAUUUAGCAGCAGGGUCCUGUAAGCAUCAAGGUUCAGUAAUAUUUUCCUAUAAUUAAGACUCUUUAACAUCAUGGAAACAAUAAGAAUCACAGUUCCAUUCCGCCUGGGUCUAACUUCCUUCCCACCAACAUAUCAGAUCAAGAACCAGGGUCAACGCGAAUAAUGACUGAAGAAAAUGGGUUUUCAGCUCACUUUUCACAUUGUCUCUGUCCUGAUAUUACUGGUUAGUGAUGAGAAAUAUGGAAAGUGGGAAGAGGUGAAAUUUUAAUAUUUGCUUUUGUCACUGAGAAACUAACAUUCAGUACAUAUUAGCAGAUUGUUUUUAUGGGUUGUUUCAAGAACCUGGAGGCCUUUCUGAGUUUUUUGCCCCCUCUACUCAAAGAGGAGAGUUUCUCUGAACCACAAAGAUGUCCCCUGGAGCAAGCCGAAACUGUACAAACAUUACGCCAUUGUGCAUAAACGGCCACUUUCUGCUGAAAGGCCUAGAAACUGUUUGUCCCCAAAUAAAAAACUAAAUCAAAUGGGGGAGAAGAAGAACCGCUGGUUCCAGAGAAACGUAAGAGGGGGCUGUGGGCACAGUGAAGGUGGGGGGUUUCGUUCUCUUUUCUUCUUUUUUAUUUUUUACAGAGCUUUACUUAGCGUUAAGGUUCAGGUUCAUAAAGGAAGGGUCAAAUACAGAUUGACUCCGUUUUCAGGUACAGAUUAACUCCAUUUUCUAUUCCAUUUUAACUCAGUAUAGAAAUUUUUGGUGGAGUUUUCAUGUCCAGCUCCCAAAAAGGUGUGCAAAAAGUUCUAAAAAGUUGAAUCUGUAUCCAAAUUUGAUGGAUCCAAAUCAAUUUGAGAAUGUUUCCAUUCUUUUCAUUGUCAAGUAUAUACAUUUUAGAUAUCCUAAUUUGAAUAAUACCUUAUGUCAAAUGUUUGCAAGAAACGCAUAUUUUACUGGAGAUAAUAAUGUAUAAACCAUGAUUGAGCAUUCCUCAGUUUUGUAUACUUGAGGAUGAAAAGACUAUGCAGUUGAAAGAAAAGAACAGAGAUGAAUCCUGACAACAAACUAAAUAUUUAAAUCAGGUACAGCUAAAUGGAUUUUCCCCAGGACAUUCACCACCAAAUAAAUUACUGUUUUCUAGUCUCUGAUUCUGAAGUAGUACAAUUACUCUGGAAGAACACUAAGAAGUCAUGAUCCCCGCUAUUUUGAAAGGUCCUCUGAAAGGGAUCAUUUUAGUGUCAUUUUGUUUUUUAGGUUUUUAUCUAAAUGAAAUCUUCUUUGAAUUGUGACAGGGGGUUGAAAAUCUAAGCAGUCCACUGCGUUUACAUUAGCCCUACAAGUCAGCCUUCUUUUAUCAGAUUGUGAGAGUGGAAAGAUUAAGACUGUAUGUGUGGAUCUCUGGGAAGAUGAACAUUUCCUAAGUCCGACAAGCAGCUUUCUUUCCCAGAGAACACAGGAUUCCUGUAUGGUCUCCUUAGAAGUUCAGCGCUAUUACAGUUGCAGCAUUUCAAUCUCCCUCUGGCAUCUUUAUGGAAUAAUUUUCUAAAGGGAUAAUUUUCCACUAAAAUAUAUCAGACCCCGGCCAUAUUUAACGUGCAGAGCAAUACCCUCUUAGAAAAGAAAUACAUUGACUCAUACACUUGUUAAAAGUUAAUAAAGAAAUAGCUCAUUUUUAAAGCCACAAGUUUAUGGUCUCUGCAUCGUCAAUUUAAUUUAAGCAUUGCUGAGACAAUCUUUAAUCUACUCCCCAUUUUAUAAUAUCUUAUUUAUGAUGCAUUUUCAUUGUUUAAUUUGGGGGGAACAUUAGCCCGCCAGAGCCAGCAGAUGAAAGUGCCAAAAGGAGGUCAAAUGGAAACAGAGCCGAUUACCCACCGUAUUUCAGACAGGGCCGAGGCACUUAGCUGAAGAGACACCGGGUUAUUAGAUUAAUUUCAGAAGAGCUUUUACAAGUUACUUAAUUCUAUUUUUUUUGAAAACCCAUAGACCACAAACUCAAAUGUCCCCUCAAAUGGGGUUAAUUUGACAAAUGAGGCAUGGGCCCCACAUUGUGAAAAAAGUAUUCCACUAUAAUGAGAUCUUGGUCUUUCUUGCGAGACUGCGCUAUUCCUGUAAAUAUGUCUGGAGGCACCUUCUAUAAGCUUUUAGUUUUCUAUGAUCUAUCAGUUUAGUGUUUAUUAAGGAGCCAAAUGUAUAGGGUUACUAGGCAUCCAGGGGGAAUGCUGUGCAGCAAACGUGAAACUGAUCAGCUCGGGAGAAACCUAGGAAUGCUUCAGAUCCCUCGUACUGUUUUGUUUGUGAUUAUUUUCAUUGCUUUGAAAGCAAACUGCAUAAGAAUAGGCCUUAUAGGAAAUGCUACACGCGUCUUCAGUACUAUCAAGCUGAGGCCAUUCUCCUACUGUGAUUUGUGAUUUUCAACCCCCAAAAUCAAAGCUUUCAGGUAUUGAUUGUUUCUAAUUCAAAAUACUCCCAAGUACAAAUGGAAGCUGACGCCACCCUGGAAGAUUUACUGGCUACAGUGCUCAGUGCAUUUCGUUUUUGCAAGAUUGCUUGGGUCUUAGGCAAGGAGCACACCUGGUGGGAAGCAUCACUACUCAGCUUUCAUCAACGUUUCUAGUUAGGGAGACUGUCCAACUUCACAGGUUGUACGAGAAAGUUUUCUGUAUUAGAAGAGACAGGUUGAGACAAUUAAGCUUUUAGCUCACCGUGGCCGGGCCUUUUGUUGGAGUCCGAACGGCAAAUCCACGCUCCCUGAAAUGGCUUCUUUUAUUUCCCUUUGUUUUCUUAGACGUAUAAAUUUGAAAAGAAUGCAAUUUAAAAAGUGAUUUCUCACAAAGAGUAAAUAUGCCUUUUGCAAAUCAAUUUUUGUAACAAGUUAUUUAUAUGAUAUUACUUA